AUGGAGGCAGAAGACAUUCCGAAGGCUGAAGACAGAGUGGAGGACAAGGUGGAGGAUUCAAGUUUCAAAAACAAUGGCCAACCUGAUGUUUCUCUACCUGAAUUCUCACCUGGAGGGCAGUCUCCCAGCCCCAUGGCUCUCUGGGAGAAGCUAGAAAGGGAGUUUCUGGACUACCAACAGUUGGUUUACAGGAACCCAACUGAGCGUCAGAAGAACCUGUUGAAUCUUCUUCCACUGUUCCUAAAGGCAUGGGAACACUCUGUGGGAAUCAUCAGCUUCCCUAGUCUUCAAUUGCUGGCAGAAGACGUAUCCGACCAGUUUGCUAAAGAAAUUCAGAAGGCGCUUGUGGGAAAGCCUGCAGAGCAAGCACGGGUGGCUGCAGGGAAGCUGCUGCGGUGGACGGGGGAUGUGGAUCAGGAUGGCUACCUACUCCUGAAGUCGGUAUACGUGCUCAUGGGCACAGACUCGGAGACGCUGUGCAGAGUCGCAGAGUCUGGACUCCCUGCCCUGCUCCUCCAGUGCCUCUACCUCUUCUUCGUCUUCCCCCUGGAUAAGGAGGAGCUCUUUGAGAGUGAUGUUCAAGUCCAGAGAAUGUUCGUGCAGAUGUUGCUGAACACUUGCAGUGAAUCUCAGGGGCUGGAGGGUCUCCUCUCGGGGAAUGAGCUCAAAUCUCUUGUGAUCGCCACAACCUGUCUCCGGGAGCACAGCUGCAGUUUUUGGAAGGAGCCUACAUACUGCGUGCUGAGAGCAAUCUCCAAGGCCCAGAAUCCUGGCAUUAUCCAAUACCUGCAGGCCAUGGACUGUGUCAAGAUCUCCCUGCAGAACCUCUCCAGGCUUGCAGACACUCUCCCGGCUCCCGACGUGAGUGAGGCCGUGAAUCUCAUCUUGGGCUUUGUGAAGGACUCCUACCCCAUUUCCUCCACUCUGUUCCUUGAGUUUGAGAAUGGAGAGGGCUACCCUCUGCUGCUCAAAGUUUUACUUCGGUAUGACGAGCUUAGUGAGAGUGAAGAGGACCCUCACCUGGAAGAGAUGGUUGGGCUGGUGGUGUGGCUGACAACCUGUGGGAAGGCAGAGCUGAACGUGUUUGACAGCAUCACUUACCCACAGAUGGAGGGCUUCAAGUUUCAUCAUGAGGCUUCAGGGGUGACUGUUAAGAAUCUUCAGGCCUUCCAAGUCUUGCAGAACGUUUUCCACAGAGCCAGCAACUCCGUGAUCUGCCUCAAAGUCUUAACAGCCAUCAAGACCUUGUGGGCCUGGAACGCCCGCAACUUCUUCCUGCUGGAGUGGACCCUGCAGCCCUUCUCGCAGUUUGUGGAGCUCGUGCCCCUGAAGCCGGUGGCAGUACAGAGACUCUUCUUCCAGCUGCUGGAGGCCCUGGUGUUUGAACUGCACUAUGUGCCCCAUGAGAUCCUGCGGAAGGUGCAGCACCUGGUCAAGGAGAGCCCUGAGCUACCCUGCAGCCUUGUGGCCCUGCAGAGCAUCAUGAAGAUCGUGGGCCGGGACCUGCUCUUCACUGACAUCUUCCGGGACUCAGGACUCCUGGGCCUACUGCUGGCCCAGUUGCGGAAACAGGCCAAGAUCCUGAGGAAGUCAGGAAGCAGAGAGUCCAGUCUUGGUGUUCAAGAUCCAGAAGGAGACCUCACCUGUGUGAUGCUGAGAACUGUGGACGCACUUCUGAAAGGCUCAGUUCGGAAUGCUGUUGUUCUGAAAGACCACGGCAUGGUGCCCUUCAUCAAGAUCUUUCUGGAUGAUGAAUGCUACCGAGGACCCUCACUCAGCAUCUUGGAGCAGCUGUCAGUGAUCAACCCAGAGGAGUAUAUGAGCAUCAUUAUAGGUGCUUUGUGUUCAUCCACGCAAGGGGAGCUGCUGCUGAAACUGGAUCUGCUGAAGUCUCUGCUACGGAACCUGGAGACUCCCAAAGGCCGUGCUGCUUUCCGAGUGUCCAGCGGGUUCAACGGGCUGCUGUCCCUGCUUUCCGACCUGGAGGGGUCUCUCCUGGAGCCUCCACCGGAGAGCUGGAGGACAGUGUCACCCAGUCAAACUCUGGACCUCAUUCUUCACACGCUUUGUGCCUUGUCAGCAGCCCUGCACCUGGACCCUGUCAACAGGGACUUCUUCAGGAGGAACGGGCUCCACGAGAAGCUGGCCGAUGACCUCUGUUCACUGGGCUGCUUUGGGACUCAGCAGGAAGAGGAGGCCCCGCCACGCUCCUGGGUUGACACAAAGGCCAGGCCACUGGCUGAUUUGCAGAAGGAGGCACUUUCCACUGCCAGCUCGUUUCCACGCAAGAUACAAAGCUGCCUGCGGGUCCUGGACUUUCUGGAUAGCAUGGUUAGUGGCACCCUGCACAGGGAUCUGAAGGAGCCCCCAAAGGAUGGGCAGGAGCCAACUACAGAUGCCCAGGAAGGAGGAGAAAGCAGUGAUCCCCGAGGAAACAUCAGACAGUGGCCAGACCUGGAGGAAAGAACAGAAGAAGGUGGUGCUGUGAUCAUGCACCCUGAGACCCUGUGCAUCAUGGUGAGGAUGCUGCCUCGGUUGUACCAUGAAGAUCAUCCCCAGCUCUCUGAAGAGAUCCAGUGUUCUCUGGUCAGUCACAUCCAGUCUGUGGUGAAAUCGGAGAAGAACCGUCAGGUGAUGUGUGAGGCUGGGAUGCUCAGGACACUCAUGGCCUCCUGCCGCAAGGCCUUGGCCACUCCCAGCAGCUCCUUACAUGCGGGCCUCAUCAGGAUUUUUGAAAAACUUGCUUCCCAAGCCAUUGAACCAGAUGUGCUCAGACAGUUUCUAGGUCUUGGCGUCGCUUCACCUCCGUCGACUGCAAUGAAAAUUCUCAGUUCAUCUCAUGUUCGUGAAGGAGAUUCCAGUGGUUCAGGGUCACAGACAGCUGCACUCGUGACUGCUGAGAGUCCUGUUGGUGCCACCCUGGAUGCUAGCCCUCGGGCUGCACUCACUCUGGCUCCGGGAUCCUCCACAGCAGGCCCAGGCACCACCACUGCCCUGCAGACAGCCUUGAGCCUAAUCUCCAUGACCUCCCCACGCAAUCUACAGCCGCAGAGGGCAGCCCUGGCUCCAUCGUUUGUGGAAUUCGACAUGGCCAUGGAAGGUUAUGGAUGUUUGUUUAUCCCCACCCUGUCUAUAGUUUUGGGAGCCAGCACUGAGUACUCCGUCUCCGGAGGGAUUGGGACAGGUGAUGCCAGAUCGUUCCCUCCACCGGGGGGCCUGACCUUCUCCUGCUGGUUCCUGAUCGGCAGGCACAGCAUGGCCUUCGAGGGCCACCCACUGAGAUUCCUCACCCUCGUGCGCCACCUGGUCAGGACCGAGCAGCCCUUCGUCUGCUUCUCCAUCAGCCUCUGCCCAGAAGACCUCUCUUUGGUUGUGUCUACGGAAGAGAAGGCAUUUCAGCCCCUAGAUGUCAUGGAACCCGAGGAAGACUUUGAGCCUUCUGCAGGACGCCAGCUUCGUGUCAGGUGUGGCCAGCUGCUGACUUGUGGUCAGUGGCAUCACCUGACUGUGUUAGUCACCAAGGAAAUGAAGAGGAACUGUACUAUUUCCGCCUAUCUAGAUGGCCAAGUCAUUGGCUCAGCCAAGAUGUUAUACAUUCAAGCAUUACCAGGGCCUUUCCUUUCAAUGGAUCCCUCCUCAUUUGUGGAUGUUUACGGAUAUAUUGCUACCCCUCAAAUUUGGAAACAGAAGUCAUCAUUAAUGUGGCGCCUUGGCCCCACAUAUCUCUUUGAAGAAGCCAUUUCAAUGGAAACUCUUGAAGUUAUUAACAAACUUGGCCCAAGAUACUGUGGUAACUUCCAAGCUGUAUAUGUCCAAGGAGAGGAUCCCAGACUAGAAGGGGAACCGCUGGUUGCUGAGGAGAAGGUUUCCUUUGGUCUUCAUGUAGCCAGUUCCUCCAUCACCAAUCUUGUUGAGAUCAGAAACACUUACAAUGAAGUGGACAGCCGUCUGAUUGCCAAAGAGAUGAACAUUUCAUCCCGUGACAAUGCCAUGCCUGUGCUCUUGCUAAGAAAUUGUGCUGGUCACCUCUCGGGUUCUCUGAGGACCAUUGGAGCCGUGGCUGUGGGCCAAUUCGGGGUGAGGGUGUUCCAUGCCAGCCCUGCUGCCAGCAGCCUGGACUUCAUUGGUGGGCCUGCCAUCCUCCUGGGCCUCAUAUCCUUAGCUACAGAUGACCACACUAUGUACGCAGCUGUCAAAGUCCUGCAUUCGGUCCUGACCAGCAAUGCCAUGAGCGACCACCUGAUGCAGCACAUCUCUGGGUACCAGAUAAUGGCCUUUCUCCUGAGGAAGAAAACUUUUCUCCUAAAUUAUCGCAUUUUCCAGCUUAUCCUCUCCAUUGCCGGCACUGCAGAGUUGGGUUUUGGGUCAUCUGCCAUCACCAAUGUUGGGGUCUUUCAGCAUAUACUCUGCAAUUUUGAGCUCUGGAUGAACACUGUGGACAAUCUAGAACUCUCUCUCUUUUCCCAUCUUGCGGAAAUCCUUCGAUCACCAAGGGAAGGACCCCGGAAUGCUGAAGUUGCGCAUCAGGUACAGCUCAUACCCAAGCUCAUCUUUCUCUUCAAUGAGCCAGGCCUCACCCCCUCCAAGAUCCCCACCAUUAUAGCCAUCCUAGGCUGCCAGCUGAGAGGUUAUUUCAGCAUCCAGGACUUGCUCAGAAUUGGACUAUUUGUUAUGUACACCCUGAAGCCUUCGUCCGUGAAUGAGAGGCAGAUCUGCGUGGACGGAGCCAUGGACCCCUCUGUGCCUGCUGGAAGCCAAACAUCUGGAAAGACAAUCUGGCUCCGAAACCAGUUGCUGGAGAUGAUGCUCAGUGUAAUAUCUUCCUCCCAACUUCAUUUGUCCUCUGAGUCAAAGGAAGAGCUCUUCCUGCACCUGGGACCUGACUGGUUCCUGCUGCUUCUGCAGGGCCACCUGCACGCCAGCACCACUGUGUUGGGAAUGAAGCUGCUGCUGCACUUUUUAUCCAGCCCAUCCCUGCGUGUGCGGUUCAAAGAUGGACUGUCAGCGGGAUCCUGGGUGGAUCACAGUUCCAAAGGCGUAGACAUCAUGAUGGGUAACCUGAAGAACUCCACUCUCACGCCUGACCCGAGCCCGUGCCUGCUUCCUGGGUUCAAAGUCUUAAAUGACUUUCUCGCCUACCAUGUUCACAUCCCAGAGGUCUACCUCAUCGUUGCUGCCUUCUUCUUACAGACGUCCCUCACAGAGCUGGUGGAUGGGCCCAAAGACAGCCUGGAUGCCAUGUUCCAGUGGCUUCUGCUGCGGCACCAUAGGGAAGAAGUCCUCCGAGUGGGGCUGUGCACAGAAGGAGCCCUGAUGCUUCUGGAAAUGUUGAAAGUCACCAUGAACCAGCCCUCCACAGAGUCCGAAGAUGGAGCCUGGGAACGCACUUUCCCCGCCAGCGUGCUGCAGUUCCUUAGCCUGGUGCAUAGAACCUACCCUCAGGAUCCAGCCUGGCGAAGCCCAGAAUUCCUCCAGACCCUGGCUGCAGUCACUUUUCCUCUGGGAACAUCCAAGGGAGCAGCGAUGGAGUUCAUCCAGAAUGCUGGUAGUCCUGAGGCCGAGGCUGAAGGAGACCCCAUGGUAGAGGGUCUCCUGGCUUCUGCCAAGUCACAUCCCACCCGGAAGCAGUUGAGGGAGUUCACACAGCUACUCUUAAAGGAGCUCUUGCUUGUGGCCUCCAGCCCCAAGCAGUGGUUACCACUGGAGGUGCUCCUGGAGGCUGCUCCGGACAAUGCCACCAGCCAACAGAAGCGAGAAUUCCAGUCUGAGAUCCUACUUUCCAUUAUGGAAAUAUUUCAUGUGAUGGGUGGAGGAGAUUCAUCGACACCUAGAGGCAGUCAAGAACCUCAGCAGAACGCAGAACCUGCUGCUGCUUCUUCUCUCACAAACAUCUCCCACUUCACCCAGAAACUGGUGGAAAAGUUGUACAGUGGAAUGUUCUCUGCAGACCCCAAACACAUCCUUCUCUUCAUCACAGAGCACAUCAUGGUGGUCAUCGAGAAUGCCUCUUCUCAAAGGGACGCUGCCAUCAGUGUUCUGUACAGCAGUUUAAAUAGAGUCAUCCUUUAUUGCCUUUCCAAGCCUCAGCAGUCCCUAUCGGAGUGCCUCAGCCUUUUCAGCAUCCUGGUCUUUCUCCAGGAACACUGGGACAUUAUCUUUGCCACUUAUAAUUCCAACACCAGCUUCCUCUUAUGUCUCAUGCAUUGUCUUUUGAUGCUCAAUUCAAGAAGUUUUCCAGAAGGAUUUGGAUUGGAUCCCAAGCCAAGAAUGACUCCUUAUCAUCAAGUAUUUCUUUAUCCAAAUGAAGAAGUCAGAGAAAAAACAGGGGACGACCUUCCAAGUUUGAGUGAUGUCCAGCAUAACAUCCAAAAGAUGGCACAGACUCUCUGGCAGCAGUUCACGGCACAGAGGCGGCAGGAGCUAGAAGACAACUUUAAGAUGGAUAUCUUUGUGAAACCUGGAGACGGUGAAGUGAAGAUUGAAGAGGUCACUCCACUCUGGGAGGAGACGAUGUUAAAGGCCUGGCAGCAUUAUCUAGCAUCCGAGAAGAAGGCACUGUCCAGUCGCUCAAGUGUUGGACACCAUAGCAAAGUUGCUCUGUGGAGUGAAAGCUUAUCUUCAGCCAUGAGGCUGAUGCCCGGAAGGCAGGCCAAGGACCCUGAGUGCAAGACAAAGGAUUUUGUGUCUUGCAUUGAGAACCACAGAAGAAGAGGACAAGAGCUCUAUGCAUCUUUAUACAAAGAUCACGUACAGAGGCGGAAAUGUGGAGAAAUCAAGGCAGCCAAUGACUGGGACAAGAUUCAGGAGCAGCUUUUUGGGGAACUGGGCUUGUGGGGCCAGAAGGCAGAAGCCACACCCUGUUCCCAGUGGGAACUGGAUUGGCGAGAAGGACCUGCUCGCAUGAGAAAGCGCAUUAGACGCUUGUUUUCAUAUGAUGCUCUAGGUGGAGGAAGGCUCAAGAAGAACCAAGAAAGAAAUAGGAAUAUUUCUCAAACAGAUGUGGAAAAUCAAGAUGAGCUGAGCGCAGAGAGAGCUGGAGGUGAGGUUGACGAGGUGGCCGUGGACUGCACCCAGUUGACCUUCUUCCCUGCCUUGCAUGAAAGUCUGCAUUCCGAAGAUUACUUGGAACUGUGUCGGGAAAGACAAGUUAUCUUACAAGAGUUUCCUGAUAAUGAAAAGGUGACACAGAAGUAUUCCUUAGUGAUCGUGAAGGGUCACCUGGUCUUCGAAGCAGUCCUGCUCUUUGGCCAACAGCACUUCUAUAUCUGCGAGAACUUCACACUGUCUCCUGUGGGUGAUGUCUACUGCACCCGUCACUGCCUGUCCAACAUCAGCGAUGCAUUCAUUUUCAACAUGUGCAGCAAAGACAGGUCCUCCAACCAUUACUUUUGCCAGCAACACAGCUACAGUGACCUCAGGGAGCUCCGGCAGGCUCAGUUCCUUCUACAGGACAUCGCCCUGGAGAUCUUUUUCCGAAAUGGAUAUUCCAAGUUCCUUGUCUUCCACAGCAGUGAUAGGAGUAAGGCCUUCAAAAGUUUCUGCUCCUUCCAACCCAGCUUGAAGGGGAAAGGCAUCACAGAGGAUCCCCUCCAUCUAAGGAGAUACCCAGGCUCUGACAGGAGCAUGCUGCAGAGAUGGCAGAAAAGGGAUGUGAGCAACUUUGAGUAUCUCAUGUACCUCAACACCUUGGCUGGCAGGACCUACAAUGACUACAUGCAGUAUCCUGUGUUUCCCUGGAUCUUGGCCGACUACACCUCCCAGACGCUGAACUUGACAAAUCCCAAGACUUUCCGGGAUCUUUCAAAGCCCAUGGGGGCUCAGACCAAGGAAAGGAAGCUGAAAUUUAUUCAGAGAUUUAAAGAAGUUGAGAAGAUUGAAGGAGACAUGACUGUCCAGUGCCAUUACAACACUCACUACUCCUCGGCCAUCAUUGUCGCCUCCUACCUGGUCCGGAUGCCACCCUUUACUCAGGCCUUCUGCUCUCUGCAGGGUGGAAACUUUGAUGUGGCAGAUAGAAUGUUCCACAGCCUGAAGAACGCCUGGGAGUCGGCCUCCAGGGAGAACAUGAGUGAUGUCCGGGAGCUGACGCCAGAGUUCUUCUACCUGCCUGAGUUCCUAACGAACUUCAACGGGGUGGAGUUUGGCUGCAUGCAGGAUGGGACAGCAUUGGGGGAUGUGCAGCUCCCUCCCUGGGCUGAUGGGGACCCUGGGAAAUUCAUCAGCCUACACAGACAGGCUCUGGAAAGUGACUUUGUCAGCGCCAACCUCCACCACUGGAUUGACCUCAUUUUUGGGUACAAGCAGCAGGGCGCAGCCUCAGUGGAGGCUGUGAACACCUUCCACCCUUACUUCUAUGGAGACAAAAUAGACUUCAACAACAUCAGUGACCCCCUGAUCAGGAGCACCAUCCUGGGAUUCGUCAGCAAUUUUGGGCAGGUGCCCAAACAGCUCUUCACUAAACCCCACCCAGCCAGGACUGUGGUGGGGAAGCCGGCACCAGGAAAGGACCUCCCUACAUCUGCUGGCCCGCCUGGACACCCACAGCCCUUCUUCUAUAGCCUGCAGACCCUGAGGCCAUCUCAGGUCACUGUCAAAGAUAUGUAUCUUUUCUCUCUAGGCUCUGAGUCUCCCAAAGGAGCCAUUGGCCACAUUGUCCCUGGUGAGAAGAACAUCCUGGCUGUGGAGAGGAACAAGGUGCUUCUGCCUCCUCUCUGGAACCGGACGUUCAGCUGGGGUUUUGAAGACUUCAGCUGCUGCCUUGGGAGCUACGGCUCGGACAAGAUCCUGAUGACAUUUGAGAACCUGGCUGCCUGGGGCCGCUGUCGGUGUGCCCUAUGCCCAUCGCCCACGAUGAUCAUCACCUCGGGGGACAGCGCUGUGGUGUGUGUGUGGGAGCUCAGCCUGGCCAAAGGUCGCCCCAGAAGCUUGUGCCUCAAGCAGGCCUUGUAUGGACACACACAGACUGUCACAUGCUUGGCAGCAUCAGUCCCCUUUAGCCUCCUGGUGAGUGGCUCUCAGGACUGCACCUGCAUCCUGUGGGACCUGGACCACCUGGCCUAUGUGAGCCGCCUGCCUGCACAUCGGGAGGGCAUCUCUGCCAUUGCCAUCAGUGAUGUCUCGGGCACCAUUGUCUCCUGUGCAGGAGCCCACCUGUCCCUCUGGAAUGUCAAUGGACUCCCACUUGCCAGCAUCACCACAGCCUGGGGCCCAGAAGGAUCCAUAACCUGCUGCUGUGUGAUGGAGGGACCAGCGUGGGACACAAGUCAUGUUGUCAUCACUGGGAGUCAAGAUGGCAUGGUUCGGAUCUGGAAGACAGAGGACAUGAAGACAUCUGUUCCUGGACCAGCAUCACUAGAGGAACCCUCAGCUCAACCUCCUAGCCCAAGAGGUCACAGGUGGGAGAAGAAUCUUGCCCUGUGCCGAGAGCUGGAUGUCAGUGCUGCUUUGACAGGGAAACCCAGCAAGACCAGGCCCGCAGUGACAGCUCUCGCCGUGUCCAGAAACCAGACCAAACUCCUUGUUGGUGACGAGAAGGGGAGAAUAUUCUGCUGGUCUGCAGAGGGCUAGAAGGACACAAGGGAAACCUCUGCUCCUCAAGGCCCUAGAGACCACUGGCUAUCAGCUCCCCAGGCACCACGGGGUGCUGUCCCCUGCCCCUGGGUUGCACAAGGAUGCUCUUCUACAACGAUGAUAAGCAUGGACGUUGGGUCCUACGAGCAGCAUACUGGUGACCCACGGCUGCCUCAAGGAAGAGGAGAUGACACACCCCUCACUUUUCAAAGGGCUCACAGCACUGAGGGUGGGGGGAUGAGGGUUCACUUCUUAUAAACUAAUGGGGUACAUUGUAUUGUCUUUAUUUUAUUAAAGCCACAAUUUCCUGA